CCCUCUCUGUCUUCUCGGCCCUGGGAGCAGCUCUCUCCUGCCACAGCCCCUCAUCCCCUGAAAAUGUACGCCCAUGCAAAGUUCGUCUCCACCCCGUUCUUGGUCAGGAGCACCUCUCAGCUGCUGAGCCGAUCACUGUCUGCAGUGGUGCUAAAACUACCCGAGACACUGACAGAUGAGGCACCUUAUAAGGGCCUCAGCAUCUUGGCAGCCCCACGUCCCCUGACCUCACUUAUUCCUAGCCGCAGCUUCCAAACCGGCACCAUUUCAAGGGACAUCAAUACAGCAGCCAAGUUCAUUGAGGCUGGGGCUGCCAUGGUAGGGGUGGCUGGCUCUGGGGCUGGAAUUGGGACUGUGUUUGGGAGCCUCAUCAUUGGUUAUGCCAGGAAUCCCUCUCUGAAACAACGGCUCUUCUCCUAUGCCAUUCUGGGCUUUGCCCUCUUGGAGGCUAUGGGGCUCUUUCGCCUGAUGGUGGCCUUUCUCAUCCUCUUCGCCAUGUGA